CUGGCCAGGGCACUUCCUGCAGAGCCGCUGGCGGGGGCAAUGUGGGCCCACUCCUCCCAGGCUCCUCCCAGUGCCCGCUAACACAUCCAGGCCGCCUGCAAUCUCUUCUCCCCUCUGCGGGGUGAGAGCGACAGCCCAAGAUGUGCCCCAGGGUGCUGUGGGCGGCCCUGCCCGUGCUGUCCCUGCUGGCCUGCUCCCUGCAGGGGAAGCCGCUGCAGAGCUGGGGGCGGGCAUCUGCAGGGGGCACCAGCCUCAGCCUGCUGAGGGGACCUGGACGGGAGCCACCCGAGCACACCUUCGACCUGAAGAUGUUUCUGGAGAACAUGAAGGUGGAUUUCUUGCGCAGUCUCAACCUGAGCGGGGUCCCCUCCCAGGACAAAACCAGAGUGGAGCCACCGCAGUACAUGAUGGACCUGUACAACAGGUACACGGCUGACCAGUCGUCCACCCCGGCGUCCAACAUCGUGCGGAGCUUCAGCGUGGAAGAUGCCAUCUCCACAGCCACCACAGGAGACUUCCCCUUCCAGAAGUACAUCUUGCUUUUCAACAUCUCCAUUCCCAGGCAUGAGCAAAUCACCAGGGCCGAGCUCCGACUCUAUGUCUCCUGUCAAAAUCACGUGGACUCCUCUCAUGGGCUAAAAGGAAACAUGGUUGUUUAUGAUGUCCUGGAUGAAACAGAUGCCUGGGAUAGUGCUGUGGGGACCAAGACCCUCCUGGUGUCCCAGAACAUUCAGGACCAGGGCUGGGAGACCUUAGAAGUGUCCAGUGCUGUAAAGAGAUGGGUCCGGGCUGACUCCAGCAAGAGCAAAAACAAGCUGGAGGUGACAGUGGAGAGCCACAGGAAGGGCUGUGACAAGCUGGACAUCAGUGUCCCCCCAGGUUCCAAAAACCUGCCCUUCUUUGUCGUCUUCUCCAAUGACCGCAGCAACGGGACCAAGGAGACUAGACGGGAGCUCAGGGAAAUGAUCAGCCAUGAGCAAGAGAGCGUUCUCAAGAAGCUGUCCAAAGAUGGCCCCACAGAGGCUGGCGAGACCCGGGAGGAUGUGGACAGCAACACGGCCACAGGGUCAUCUUUAGCCAGACGGAAGAGGAGUACCGGGGCUGGUAGCCACUGUCAGAAGACCUCCCUGCGAGUGAACUUUGAGGACAUUGGCUGGGACAGCUGGAUCAUCGCACCCAAGGAGUAUGACGCCUAUGAGUGUAAAGGUGGCUGCUUCUUCCCUCUAGCUGAUGAUGUGACACCAACAAAACAUGCCAUCGUGCAGACCUUGGUGCAUCUCAAGUUCCCCACAAAGGUGGGCAAGGCCUGCUGCGUGCCCACCAAACUGAGCCCCAUCUCCAUCCUCUACAAAGAUGACAUGGGGGUACCCACCCUUAAGUACCACUAUGAGGGCAUGAGCGUGGCGGAGUGUGGAUGCAGGUAAUACCUGCCCACAGGGCAGGGGAGGCAGGUAGGAGGGGAUCCUGAGAGGUCCUUCGUCCCCCUGGGCACCACAAGGACUGAGUCGAUCUGCUUUCCAGCCCAGGGGAGGAAAGGAGCUUGUUGUCCCUCCCAUGCCCACCCAAAGCACACACCACUGGGGCUCAACUGUUGGGGAAGGCACUGACUGGGACCGAGGGGGCGUGGAAUCAUUGUGGGGGUAGGAAGGGAGGUGAAGGAAAGGGGUCAGGGGGGAAAAUAAUUCAGAGUCCACAGAAAACUGAGCAGAAAUGAAACAGAGGAGCAUGGGUGAGGGGAGAUUUAGAGGAGCUGACGAGGCAUGGAAGACGGGCUGAUUCCAGGAACCUCAGAGAGUGAGGAGACAGGAGCAGGCCACACACUCUGUGGCCAUCAUUUCACGCUACUUGCCUGACCCAUGAGAUGAGCAUGCUGGCCUCCAAGUUAACAGAUGCAAAAACUAAAACACAGACACUCCAAGCAGUACCAGCCAAUGGCGUGAUUGAUUCCAACCCAUGUCUGUGGGAGGCUAAAGCUCAGAAUGUUCCCAAGUGCCCCACUGCAGUUUAGCAAGUCCCCCCCGCUAGCCAAAGAGCAAUGAGGGAUCCGGUACCCAGGAGUGCUGGGGGCCAGGCUAUGCUGAGCCCCAUUCAGUCUACACCAGUGUGACUGGGCUGCUUGUCACAUUCAGAUCAUGAUCUGACCAUGGGGGACCUGUGCUCAUUCACUGGCCAAAUGCUUUUUCAUGUCACCCCUGAGUCACUGAAAAACCACCCCUAAACCAACUGCAGGGUAGAAAGAGGGAGUGGUACAAGACAACUGGCCACAUCCUGCAUUGUGGCCAGAGCGGCUGUGACCCACUCGUAUGGCCAGCAGUUCUUACAGGGCCACUUGCUGUCUGCAGACACAGUUUACCCUGAGGGAAGGGGCAGCCCGUGGCCAGCACCUCUACAGUGACUUAUUCAGCACAACCAGCUCAGCACAAGGUUUCCGUGGGUGUCUCCCCACAAGAGAUAUGGAGACAGGGCCUGGAUUUGAAUUUGUUGGAAUUAAAUGUGCUCUUGCUUUGGUAUUUGAAAUCUGCCUAUCUUUACUCUUUCGCAACAUGUGAUCAAGUGAUAAGAUGUCAAGCCUUCCUGGGUGAGGCUCCCCCACCUCUGAAGAACUCCUUAUGGCAGCCACCAGCCCUGCCUGCACCUGCGGGUUCAUCUGUGGAAUGCACAUCCCAGCUGCUCCCAGGAGCCUGGGCAAUGAGACCAGACUC